AUGAAUGAGAGGAGGCUGUGGCACCUGGAUAGUGAGGAGACAGCUGUGGAUGGUAACAAGUGUUGUAGUCUGUGUAACAUGUUCUUUACCUCAGCCAUAGUGGCCCAGUCCCACUACCAAGGAAAGACCCAUGCUAAGAGCGUCAAACUAGUGUUGGGCUCCUCACCUACUAUUUCUACUACCCCUCCCACAGACUGCUCCCCCUGUCCAUCCAACACGCCCCCUCUGCCAAUGCCACCUCCCCCAGCCCCUCCAAUUACCUGGCUAGUGACCAAUGGCAACACAGCGUGUAGGUCGUGCUUCCUGUGUGGGGCAUGGUUCAACAACCCAGCGAUGGCCCAGCAGCACUACGAGGGGAAGAAGCACCGGCGGAACGCAGCCAGGAGACAACUACUGGAACAACUAGCUGAUAACCUGGACAGCAACCAGAACACAGGUUUGAGGAGCAGUUACAGUGUGUGUGAUGUCACUCUGAACUCAAUAGAACAGUACUACGCACAUCUCCAGGGCUCCAGACACCAAAACAAGUGA